CGGGCCGGUACCCAUGAAGUGCAGUCGGAGCUCGCGUGGGGUCCAGCCGGAAGCUCCUUCCCCGCGUCGGAUUUCCGGAUGUCGCGUCUCCCCCACUACACUUCUACGCCAUCCGUCAUGGCAAAGCACACUUCACCUCCGCCGGAAGGAGAGAUGGAGCUAGAGGAACUCUGGAGAAACGAAUGGGCGGGGAAAGGCGCUCGCGCCGCUCUUCUCUCAGACAUAUAUGUAGGGACCUGCAGACCACCUUGAUUCCAUUCAAUCCAGCUGCUCCCUCCGCAAGGCUACCGAGAACAUUCCAACCCACUUCCGUCUCUCACAAUGGCCCCGAACACCAACACAACCGUAAUCUUCGUCCCAGGCGCCUGGCACGGCCCCGAAUUCUUCUCCGAAGUACGCCAGCACCUCGAGGCGCAGGGCUACGCAACAGACGCCGUCUCGCUCAAAUCCGUCGGGCCCGCAGAGCACCUCAAAGACUUCGGGCCGGACGUCAAGCUAAUCCAGGAGCACAUUGGGCGCGCGGCGGACGCGGGGCAGGAGGUGGUGCUCGUGUGCCAUUCGUAUGGCGCGAUGCCGGCGACGGAGUGCGUGCAGGGCUAUGAGGUGGAGACGCGCGCAAAGGCCGGGAAGAAGGGCGGGGUGCGGCAUGUGUGCUAUUUGGCGGCGUUUAUUAUCGCCGAGGGGAAUUCGCUGAUUAGUGCUUUCGGGGGGGAUUUGCCUUGGUUCAACAUCAGUGAGGACAAGCAGGAGGUAAAUCCGGAUGGGCCUGGUUUCGUCUUCUACAACGACGUGUCGGACGAGAAGGCGCAGGCGGCAAUCAAGGAGUUGAAGCCGCACAGCUAUCAGACGCUGCAUAGCCCGCUGACUUACGCUGCGUGGAAGCACGUGCCGGCUUCUUACAUUUACACCACGAACGACAAUGCGAUUCCCCUGCAUAUCCAGAAGAUGAUGGUGGAGGAGGUGGGCAAGGGUUACGACAUCCGGACCGAGACCUUGGACGCGUCGCAUAGCCCAUUCUUGAGCGUGCCGAAGGAGACGGCCGCGGCGAUUGCAAAGGUGUCGGCAUAGCGAGGGAAUGGUUGGCAGUAGGUGUAGCAACAGCAGAGAUCUCCAAUAGCGCAAGCUGCAAUCGCGGGCAUGGCCUCAUCCCAGAGAGAUAGCAGUUUCUCCACCAGGUUUCCGGUAUGCUGCAGAGUUUGUGAGCCGUUUUGCAAUAGCGGCGAGAGUAGUCCAGUCAUCCAGUGUUCGUAGAAAGUCUAUGCAGACCCAAGAUCAUCCGCCCAACUCCAAACUCCAAGCCCCCUUCCUCACAUCCUGCACCCUUGCCCCAACCUCCGAAUGCGCACUCCCCGACCCCCCAUACCCACUAUCCAACCCACUCACAUCAUCCAGCUCCUCGUCAAAAUCAAUAUCAAAGUCUGGCUCGGCCCUCUUCGUGCUGUGCUGACCAUCCUCCAAAAACU